UGGUUAAUGGUGACUACAAAAGGAGUUGAUAUCCACUGCUCUCAGUCAACAGGAAAACAAACCUUAUUAAGAAGCCUUCUCCAAAUUGGAGUAUCACCUGAAAGAGUAGAAAACUAUUACGAAAUAUUGUGUCAAUUCUUUACGGGUAAACUUGCAAAAUAUCAGUUGGAAGAAAAGUUAAAGUCUUUGUUAUCGCCACAAGCUAUCCAAGUUCAUAACGAGACUUUUAUACAAGUUUUACAACAAGCACAACAAGGAGGGAAUACUCUUGUUCCUAGUUUAACGACGCAUGAAAAGGACUCGAAAUAUCUCAAAAGAAGGUUAUUGGUAAAGAGACCUAUUAAGAGCAUAACUUGUUGGAAUGAUACACAAGAGUCUUAUCCUGAGAGUAAAGUCACAGGAAAUAAGAAGCGUAAAAGAAAUAAUAUGGCUAAAGUACAAAGUGCUCAUUCUUUGAUGAUGCACGACAAGGACUCGUUAGGAGAGACUAUCACAAAACCAAGUUUGGAUAGAAAAGCAGAAGAUAAUAUGGCUCGGAAUUCGAGAGAAGAAGAGAUGACGCCAACCUUUAUUUAUCAACAAUGGAAAGAUGCCAUACAACAACAUUUUAUCAAUCGAAUAAGUAAACGAAUGAAACAAAUAGCUGCAGAAAAUGGAAUAUAUCAAAUAGACAAAGAUGCAACGAUUGAUUUAUUUCAUGCUUUGGAGUUUCAUCUUUUGGAUAUCAUCAAAGGAACACGAGAACCUAUCCUAUGCUGUUGUUGUUAUGAACAGAGAAAGAAUAACAAAUAUCUUCCACGUACUUUGAGUAUUCGUGACCUUUAUCGUUUUGUUACGGAAUAUGCUCAAGAUGCUUUGGGAGAUCCUUAUUCUAUAGAUCGUAUAUCUUUGGCUUUCUUCUAAAAAGAGCUUCCCUUUUUGGUUCUCAACUAUAUACCAUUCGAAACUGUUGCUUUUGUAUUUCCUCUUCCAAUCUUUCAGAUAGCAAACUCAUUUCAGUAUUCAAGUCACUCAAAGCAUUGGCUAAAGCGUCUAUGGGUGUAUAAGGCUCCCUAUCGCUACUUUUGGUUUGCACUCUUAUGAUAAUAUGAUGUUGUAAAGGAUGAGGAGCACGAUAAGCAGCAAAUAUCACUUUAGGAUCCCUCAGCAACUGCAUUCGUAACAAGUUUCCAAUAGUAUGGUCUUCUCUUUCUAUUUUGACGAUAGCUGAAUGAGGCACUUUGGUAUCUUUCUGAUACUCCAACUUGGCAACUCCAUCAGGUAAUACGACGGCUUCAAAACGGUCCGGUGCAUUGG